AUGAUGAUACUAACAACAAGCCAACCAUCAGAAUACUCAAUCAUUUCUAAAACAAAAGAAAUGACAGAGAAAAAGAAAUCACCAUCUUCCUCCAAGGACAAAGCCGUUGAUAAGAAAAAGAAGAAACAUCCAAGCAAGAAGAAACAAGAUCUUUCGUCUAAAGAGAAAUCUCAUCAUCACCAUCAUGACAAGUACUACUCCAACAACAGUCUUCAAACAUCUACAUCAGAGGCGCAACAAAAAGUCUAUAAAAUUGGAAUGUUAGGGGAUGCUGGAGUUGGCAAAGCUUCUCUCUGUGUCGAAUUUACAAAAUCUAGGAAGGUCAGAGCAUCGAGACCUUCAGCCUAUGAUCCCACAGAUGAGAGACGUUUCUAUCAAAUCCUUCAAAUUGAGGACGAAUCAGUAACAGUUCAAAUCAUCAAUAACAGUGGGCAAGAAAUGAUGAGUGCUGUUGAAGACAUUUACUACAGCAAAUGUCUUGGAUUUCUAAUAAUUUUUGCAGUGGACGAUCGUGAGUCCUUUCACAAUGCAACCACUAGGCAUUUCGAAAAGAUUUUACGUGUGAAGGAUGCGGAAGACAAUGAAGAUGUUCCUCACAAUAUUCCCAUUAUUCUUGUUGGUAAUAAGGCCGAUGUUGAUCCAAGCCAAAGAAAAAUUUCAAAAGAAGAAGCUAUUCAAUUUUGCAAUCGGAAAUUCCUCAAAUACAUUGAGACAUCGGCGAUUGAACAUUCAAAUAUCUAUGAAGCAUUUGAGAUGAUUGUGCGAGAAAUCAUUGAAAGUAAUUUCAUUGAAGGUAUGAAAUCAAAGCUUAAGGAUCAAGAUACAAAGUAUAUCUCGUCACGUUCGUCAAGAAAUAAACAUUCGUGCAACAUACUUUAA